GCUGUCCGCCUUAACAUGCAGCUGUGUUAGAAGCUGGCAGAGAGGCAGGGAACAUGUCAGGCACUCAGGCUGAGUUUAAAUACUCCUGCUGGGACUUUCUCUUCACCUGCUUGGGCCUGCCGCUGUUCCUGGUUGACAUUGUGCUGGACAUAUUGGCAGCUGUGUCCUUCUACCAGGAACAGGCUUACGUGUGCCUCGGUAUCCUGCUGCUGUUUCUCGUGGGCUCGUCGCUGCUCACUCAGGCUUACAGCUGGCUGUGGUACAGCUAUGACGACUUUAACAUGAGGACAAAGGUUGAGGAGUGGCCGAGCCUGAGGCAGCUCAAGCUGCUGCAUUUUUUCCAGCUGGGAAUCUACUUCAGGCAUGCUGGAGUCCUGGAAAAGUCUAUAGAAAGCUUCUACACAAAGCUCCCUGACCCUGAGGGUGUAGUCGUGUUCCUGAACCAAGAUCUGAGCAUGUUACGCGUCAUAGAGACGUUUUCAGAGAGCGCCCCGCAGCUCACGCUCAUGCUCACCAUCUUUCUGCAGAAGGGCCAGCUGGAUCCUGUGACAGUGUUGAAGGCCGUCGCCUCGGCCGCAGCUAUCGCCUUCACUGUGACGACCUACCAUCGCUCACUGCGCUCCUUCCUGCCCGACAAGGAAAAGCAGAAGAUAACCUCAUCGGUCGCCUAUUUCAUCUGGAACCUGCUGCUCAUCUCGUCUCGCCUCACCGCCCUCGCUCUUUUUGCCUCCGUGCUGCCCUGCUUCAUCUUCACCCACUUCAUCUGCUCUUGGCUGAUUUUAUUCUUCUUUGCUUGGCGAUCCAAGACAGACUUCAUGGAAAGUCCAGGUGGAAAAUGGCUUUACAGAACCACUGUAGGCCUCAUUUGGUAUUUUGACUGGUUCAACGUGGCUGAGGGGAAUACGAGGAACAAGACCAUGCUCUAUCAUGGGUAUAUACUGACUGAUAUUUCCAUCCUCUGUGGUGUGUGGUGCUGGAAGAUGAGCACAGAUCCUCCUGAGUUUGUGAUACAACCUUUGGAUGCAUUAUUCACAGCUGUGUGUGUCGUUGCCGUUUACAUCCUCGGUCUACUGUUUAAAGUUAUUUAUUAUAAGUGCUUCCAUCCAAACGUUGACAGAGACAAGCUGAAAGGAGCCGGCACAGAGGAGCAACCUGAAGAUGGGGUGACAUAUCGCAUGCUUGCAAUGACACUAACCCCACCAGCACAAUGCAAUAAAAGAAUGAGGAAGCUGGCCGCAAACUUCUACUCCUGACCUGCGCGUGACCUCCACAGCAUAUGGAAACUAUGGGGCUGUUAUUGUAGCAAAACAUUUGUGUGCGCGUAACUCAAUCCGCAUUUGUGUAUUGCUAUCUGUGUGGGUGUGUGUGUGUGUGUGUGUGUGUGUGUAUUCUGUAAACAGAUUUGUAAAUUGUAGAUAAAUCUGUAUGAGUGCGUACAUAUUAAUGGUUGAAAGGUCUUAAAGUUUUGCUCAAAUCGCUGAAAAUACACGCAAGUCAUCAGUUACAAGUCACCCAGAUUUCAACUGGCUCAAUUUACACACUUGACUUUUGCUGCAUUUCUACCGCCGCAGAUCCGACUACGACAAGCUCAGCAGCCCAAGGGGUGUGUGCUGCUGAAUGGCAGAUUCACAAAGGCACAUGGCUUCUGUACUCUCAA